CCCACUCACACCGCCAGCCAUCGGGACUUAUUCCUUGACUCCUUGUCCAACCAUAUCUCUCUCUACUCAACUGGCGCCGACCCCUAGUUUGACGGAUCCUGUUGCCGGUGCCUGUCCCUGAACUUUCCCGAUUUUCUGGUGUGGAGGUUGACUACUGCAAGGGUACGAAAAGGCGGUUCGCUGAUUACACGUACCAUCAGCGCGAAUUUCCAGAUCCGUCAAGAGAGGUGAAGCCAUCAACACGACAAUAGCAUUCCGUCAUGACAUCGAAGAGCAAUUUAUCCUACAGGCAGCGGGCGGCAGACCAUCCAAAUCCGCUCGUAAGAAAACUCUUCGCGAUCGCGGAGAAGAAGAGGACAAAUGUGGUGCUGUCUGCAGAUUUGACAACUACCAAGGAAUUACUGGCAAUUGCUGACAGUAAGUCAUGGUCUCCUUCAGGUUUCGGCUCGGAAAAGGUCUAGGGCCGUAUAUCGCCGUCCUUAAGACACAUAUCGACAUUCUCUCCGAUUUCGGUUCGCACACAGUCGAAGGGUUAGUUGACCUGGCUCGACGUCACAACUUUCUUUUAUUCGAGGACCGAAAGUUUAUUGACAUCGGGAACACUGUGCAAAAGCAGUAUAAAGGAGGUGCAUUACGCAUUCACGAGUGGGCCGACAUUGUCAAUGCGAGCAUCCUGGCGGGAGAAGGGAUCAUUCAAGCCCUGGACCAAACGAUCCGAGAUGGCGGGAGUGCGGAACGAGGUAUUCUGAUCCUGGCUGAAAUGACCUCGAAAGGCUCGCUCGCAGUGGGAGAGUAUACACGCGCGUCCGUCGAAAUUGCAAGAAAAUAUCCGCAAAGCGUGAUGGGCUUCGUGUCAACCAGGGAACUGUCAAGCCACUCACCCGGUGCAGCACCAAAUGAGGACUUCGUUGUGUUCACCACCGGUGUCAAUCUCUCAAGCAAGGGUGAUGCUCUUGGACAGCAAUAUCAAACCCCAACAACUGCCAUGGAGGGAGGGUCCGACUUUCUUAUCGCAGGAAGGGGAAUCUAUGCCUCGGAGGACUCGGUGGCCGCAGUGAAACAAUAUCAGAAAGCAGGCUGGGAAGCCUACGAGCGCCGAAUCUCCCAAAACAGGGGAUGAGCAGUUUGCACCCCAAGAUGUUGUCUAACGAUGCUUGCCCAAGUACCUAAGGUGAAUCGUCAGGCCUGGACUCACGGCUCACAAGCCACGACGUGGUCACCAUGAAGAAGAGGCUCUCCCAAGGUCUUGGUUUCGGCAUGUACUGCCCUCACAACGUACCCAAGCUUAUGCCACAGCAACACAUGGAGGCUGCUCAUGCGAGGGCCCAAAUCUGUAAUGCAAGGCUCUCGCAGCGGCAGCAGCUGGUCUUAUCAUGGAAGAUGCCGACUGACGGAUGAUUAUGCGGCCAACGUUGAUCUUGUCUGCCCCAGGCUAUGGCCAUUGCGCACCGGCUUUGGAGCUGGCUAGAUGCAUCGGAGGAUAAGCCAGCUCGGAGUCGAGGUCCAUGCGUAUCAGGAUAUGAUGAAAUUGAUGCGAUGGCCUUGUGACCUCAAGGAUGGAUGCUAUUAUUACCGUCGUACAAUUGAGAAAUUGCGUUGUUGCGGACAAUCUCGCAUAAGAAAUGAACAAAUAUGGCAACUCCGGGUUGUGGCUCUAAAAUCGCUUGAUCGUCUGGUUUUGGGUACGUGGCUUUGGAACCGGGGCAGGGGAAUAUCGGAGUGGCUGUGGGAUAUUUGGUGACACCCUGGCAUUUCCCGCAUCAUCAUGGUGAUCAUCUUAGGCACAAUCGAGGGUGCCGUGAGUGCCGCAAGG